CAGUAAAGACAGAGCUAUCGCACUUUCAAUUUGAGAGUACAUUUCCAACCUCGAUUGGAUGCCAGGGGUCUAGUUCCUUUUCCUUCAAGAAAAUGUUUACAUCUUCGUAAAAAUCUUUCAUCUUUCAUAUCUUCGUUCGGUUGGUAGGCUAAGGAUUUAGGUUUAAUAGUACUAAACAACGGUGUGAAGUUGUGACAUCAGACUGACCGUCGGACAGUGAAACAAGACAGGAGAUUACUCUACACAUAACAUCUCCCAGUUGCGGAUUUUUUUUCAUUCGUUGCAGGAGGUCCCACAUGUAUGUAUACUUUCAACAUGUCUGUUGUAGCCUAGACAAACCCUUGUGGACUGCCUGUAGUAUUAGGCUAGACCAACCUGCCAGAUUUUCAGAGAAUGGUAAACGAACGUUGGAAAAUCAUGAACAGCGCUUCGGAGCUCGAGGAUGGACCGCGGCAUAAAUCUAGGUGUAGCUACCUCCUCUGCACGGUUCUCCUCUUUGUAGUCGUCCUACUGGCUGUCACGGUAACCGGCGCCAUCCUGCUCAUGAACCACUACCAGAUCCCCAACCUCAGUCUCGGGGGCGCGCCCGUCGUCUCCACCAAUCAGGACGAGGGCAGCGCCCUGGUGACGGUCGACAGGGGCGACGGCUCUCGCAUCAACGUGUUCAUCGACCCCAACUGCCCCGACUACAACGGCAACUUCCUGCGUCUGGAGGGCGUGCAGACGUCGCUGCUGCGCUCGCUCAGCGACCACGACUCGGACCUGCGCUCGGGGAAGGGGCAGGAGCGCACGCUGCUGGUCAAGCUGGCGGAGGAGGUGGCCAAGCUGGCGGCCCACGCCGGCACUCUGAGGCAGGACAACGAAGAGCUGAGGAGAGGACAGGGCAGCCUGGGCCAGGAGCUGGGCACUCUGCAGGGAGAGCAGGGCAGGCUCAUACAGCUGCUGUCAGAGAGCCAGGUGAACAUGGUGAAGGUGGUGAACUCGGUGAGCGAGGCCCUCACCUCCAUGCAGAAGGAGACGGGGAACCUGAGGAGCCGUCUGAAGGCCGACCUGCAGAGAGCUCCUGUACGCAGUGCCAGACCCAAGGGCUGCGCCAACGGCUCCAGGCCUCGUGACUGCAGUGACCUGUUCUCCAGCGGACUGAGAGAAGACGGGAUCUAUUCCGUGUUCCCCACACACGACCCUGCCGGCUUCCAGGUGUACUGUGACAUGACCACUGAAGGAGGGGGCUGGACGGUGAUCCAGCGGCGCGAGGACGGGGCCGUGAACUUCUACCGGGACUGGGCAGCGUACCGGGACGGCUUCGGCAAGAUCACCGGGGAGCACUGGCUAGGCCUAAGAAGGAUGCAUGCCCUGACCAGCCAGUCAAACUACGAGCUGCGUAUCGACCUGGAGGACUUUGAGAACGGGACAGCGUUUGCUCAGUACUCCACCUUCGGAGUCGGCCUGUUCUCCGUGGACCCUGACGAGGACGGCUACCCCCUCACCAUCUCGGAAUACUCCGGAACCGCAGGAGAUUCCCUGCUGAAACACAAUGGUAUGAAGUUCACCACCAAGGACCAGGACAACGACCACUCAGAGAACAACUGUGCCUCGUUCUACCACGGUGCCUGGUGGUACCGUAACUGCCACACCUCCAACCUGAACGGGCAGUACCUGCGCGGGCAGCACACGUCCUACGCCGACGGCAUCGAGUGGUCAUCCUGGACCGGCUGGCAGUACUCCCUCAAGUUCACCGAAAUGAAGAUCCGGUCCACCACCCGCAACGAAAGCCAAUGAGACGGUGGGGAUGCAGUCACAUGACCACGCUGUAGACCAAUGAAAAGGCAGAAGGAUUCCUCACAUGACCGCCUCAUACACCAAUGAGAAGGCAGUUGGAAAUUUGGCACCACCUCUUGACCAAUUAGACGACAGAGUGACUCUUCACAUGACCAUCUCCCAACCUAUGAGAGAGUAGGAAACCCCACAUGGGCAUCACUGCUGAGAUUCAGGACUCAAAAUAAACGUGACCAAUCGGCCCCCCCGGCUGUUGAUAUUCGAAUCAUAUGUGAUGAUAGAGCCUUAGACAGCUCCACACAACAUCCCCUUUACCCCACACAAGCACAAGUCAGACAGUCAGUAUGUUGUAAAUAACCUUUCUCUUAAACUCAAGUUAGUUUUAGCUCAUGUAAACUUGUUCUCGUCCUCUCAUGUCUAUGUGGAAGUUACCUAAUGUAUCGGUAAGGACUGAGCAAGAUCUUGUGGUUCUGGUAAAUUACUUUUCUAAAUAGAAAUCCUAAUCAUUUUACUUUGUAAAAGCUGAAGGGCAGAGUAGAUAUCCUGUAGUGCUCUACCCUGCUGUGCUCUCUGCCCCCCUCAAGCCCCUAUCGCCCUCCCUCCUUCUCUCUCUUUCUCUUCUCCAUC